AUGCCUUCCGCAAAGUUCGACGAAGUCUACAAGAAAGUCAGCACCAUGGGCGAGAAGCUCAAGGCUGCUAGCAAGCAAGGUCCCAGCAACGAUGAGCAGCUCAAGCUCUACGCGUACGCAAAGGUUGCGAAUGGCACGGAUUUCAGCGCAGCAACGAAGCCCGGCAUGUUCGAUCUUACUGGCAAGGCCAAGUACAACAAGUGGAAGGAGGUUGUCGAUGCUGGAACGACUCAGGAGCAGGCUGAGCAGGAGUACAUCAAGCUUGGCGAGGAGUUGGUCGCCAAGUACGACAAGUAG